GCGGUAGUGGCAGCAGAAUGUCUUUUUGUGAGAAGCUGUGUGGUGCUCUGAGGAAGCCUCAGCAUUUCGGUGGAGCUCUUUAACAUGGAGCAACUCAAUUAAAGGAAGUCUCUCAGGAAUAUAUUAUAGGACUACUUUACAAUAUGUGAUUUUGAUGGCAGAAACAGUUCAUCAGGGAACAGUGGGAUCAGUCAAAUCACUGUAGAUUUAACAAACAGUUACAACCAAUCUUCCAUUAAAAUCAAACAAAUUCCAGUCGGUGCUGGUCACCCGCCAAUCAUCACUUCCAACUUAAAUCUGACAAACUUUUUUCCAGAAACGCUCCUCGAAUCUCUGCUCCUGAGCAUUCAGAGUGCAUUUUGUGCCGUUGACCGUGCCCAAAUGCCAGGAUGGCCAGCAUGUAUAAUGCUUCCAUCAAUGUUCCUGUAUGCUAUUACAACCAGACAGCAAUGUUCUUCUACAAUUUGAGUGGGAGGGACCUUAUCUUUGAAGCGAAGCACUACAGAUCAGUGGGAUUUUUCAUCGGUUCACUGUUCACUUGCAUCUCCAUCAUCUUCCUCAAUGGUUUGGUUCUCACGGCCAUCAUUAUAAACCGCCGGUUACAUUACCCUUUCUAUUAUUUGCUCGGGAACCUGGCUGUGACUGACCUUUGCGUUGGGAUCUCUUAUCUUCUCAUAACAUGCCUGGCUGGCGUCUGGACCUCAACAGUAUCAACGAGCCAGUGGUUCGUCCGACAGGGUUUGAUUGACACCAGUUUAAUGGCAUCCCUGAUGAACCUGAUGGCCAUUGCGCUGGAGAGGCAACAGACCAUCUUCACCAUGCAGCUUCACAGCAAAAUGACCAACCAACGCAUCGUCCUGCUUAUCCUUGCUGUCUGGAUCAUUGCCAUUCUGAUUGGUCUGGCGCCUAUUAUGGGAUGGAACUGUCUAUGUGAUCUGAGUUCCUGCUCUGAGACGCUGCCGUUGUUCAAUCGCAGCUACGUCUUGACCAUCUCCAUACUGAGCCUGCUGAUCAUGUUCAUAGUGAUCAUACUCUACACGUGCAUCUGUGUGUACGUGUGGAAGAAAAGCAAACAAAUGAGGGAGCACACUUCACAGGACCGAAGUAAACAAACCAUACUCAACCUGAUGAACACUGUGCUACUGAUAGUAGGAUGUUUUGUUCUGUGCUGGACUCCGGCUUUGGUGUUGCUCUUGCUGGACGGCCUGCAUCAUGUUCCACAGAAACUGCUGGUGGUGGAAUCAUUCAUCAUAACCCUGGUGGCUUGCAACUCAUUGGUAAACCCCAUCAUCUACACGUACCGGGACCAGGAUGUUCGUUCUACUUUUAAAUGUAUUUUCUGCUGCUUUUGUGUGGCCUACCAGCAGAGGGUGCACAACUAAGCAAGACUGCUAGAUUAAAAAAAAAACAUUCUAUCAUAAAAUUAGCGUUUCUUAUGAUAUUUGUCAUGUUUUGUAGAAUCUGACUACUACAAUAGCCAUUGUUGUUCAAGCAUUACACAUAGAUGCCAUACAACCAUUGGGUCUGUUUAGUGUCAUCAAAAAAUCCUGAGUUCUAGCCACUGAAUGAUUAAGCUAAUAAAUGCAACCAUGUUGCUGGCUGGCAUCAGUGAUCUAGUGCUUACCCUAGUUGCACUGGUCGUGAAGUGAAACAUCCCAGCAGAGUUCAACGUACCCCAGUACAAAAAUAUAUGAGAAUAUAUAAUGAGCACCAACAGCAACACCUCAGCAACCACCUGGGAUACCAUUGCAACACCUUAGCAACCAUCUUGAAUUCCAUAGCAAUGGCCUAGCAACACUUUA